CGUCGGUCGCCGAGCGCACAGGACGUACCAAGCGGCAGCAGCAGCAAACCAGGCGCCACAAGCGUAGCGUUGAUACGCUCGACACGCACGACACAAGCCUUUGCGCGAGAGCCACAAGCUAAAGACGCGAGCGCGUACGCGAACGGCAUGGUGCACAUCCUUCUGCCAUCCGAGCAGGCCCCCGUGAAGGACAGAUUGAUCGUAAAUCACACACGAAACACGGUGCGGUUUUCCACCUAUUGCCUGCUUUGAUUUAAAAACAAACCAAAAAAACACACACACAUAAGCGGCAUUUGACUUUUCCAAGCUGUGAAUCAGCUGUUCCUGCCGUGCAUUCCUUCCUGUUUCGCGAGUGAUCGGGCGACUGAUGGUGCGAGGUGAUUGUUGUGAUGUUGUUGUUUUGUUAUUUAUUUAAGUGUGAGUGUGUGCGAGAGGAUAACUCAUCGAAAGUGAAUUAAAACGACAACAACAAAAAAAACCUUCGGCGGCAGCGGCUCCCUUCUCACGAACCGGGAUUGACAGCUUCACAAGACACAGCAGUGAGGUGCACAAGACGGUGCAUUGCAACUAUGUGCACCACGACUACGUGUGUGCAUUCGGCGGCGGCGGUGGCGGCGGCCCGUCAGCUGUGCUGAUCUGCGUGCGUGCGUGAAUCAUCGCGAAUGCGUUUCGGUCGUGCGAUUCGAAGGCAAUUAAAAUAGAUCGCCGGCCCAAAAACGCCAUCGUCGUUGUGGCUUUGCUCCUUUAUUCUUUGGCAACAAUAAAAAGCAAGCAAAAAAAAAAAAAACACGGGUGGAAAAUUGCCAGACAAUCAGUUCAGUGCCACCACGCCCGGCUGGCGUGGUUCAGUGAAUCAGGAAAAAUCGGGAAAAUUUGAAAAGGCCAACCGAACCCCGAACGGCAGGAACACGUGUGACACGGAGCGGUGUGAUUUAUCGCACGGGAUAAUACAGCUCUGCACAGCGAGCCAAAUACGAUUCGGUCGUGUCGGGCUGUGCCGUCGUCGCCUCCUUGCUUGUGUCACAACACGCGCCGAAGAUGGCGCACAAGCGUGCGGCCGGCUGGUCGCAAUCGUUCCGCGACUCGUACGCGGGCGGCGCCGUUGGGCGAUGCUGAUUGGAUUGCGAGCGACACUCGUCCACUGGCACUGUCUGUGCGUGUGCGUGUGGAUUAGUGCGUGCCAAAGACAUCGAUCCGUGCGCUCGCGAUCUCUUCUGCGUUGUUAAUCGCACGCGGCAGUGGCAAAUCGGCGUUGGUGAAGAAACUCGUGUCCUUUUGGACAGUUGGAUUAGAAAACGAUCCAAACUGGUGCUGGUGCUGGCGGGACAGCGCGCAGCAAGGAGGCCAAGAGAGACGAAAGGGUGCGCACCCCCGGUUCUUUGCACCAACCAACGCCCCGAUCGCCACUAAUCGACUGCGGUGUCAAAUUAAUCGUCUCGAUUGGCGUUGAAACGUCGUCCGCGGUGAGGGAUCUGUUUUUGGGGUGGCAAACCACCCCCUCCCCCCCCCCCCCUUUGCGCGCCUCAUCCCUGUGGCCGGGCGUGCAAGAUUAACGCCAGUUUGGCCGCCCGUCGUACGCGGUGGAAUGACGAUGAUUUAUCGGUACUGAGGCGUAAAGGUUGUCUUUCACCCCGAUUACAACGCCCUCCUUCGCAGCCAGGUAGGCCUCCCCACCUUUCCCCGGGGGCAUAAAACCUCAACCGGUCCGCGGCGAGCACAUCGUUGGACAUCUUGGUCAACGCCGCGGAUCGUUAGAGAAUUGGUUCGGUUUCACGUGCAAUUAGCCCGCGCGUACGCGAGCACCCAUCCGCCGCGCCAAUCGGCGAAACGAGAAGAACAGGGAGGGUGGACCCGUGUGUGUGUGUGUGCGUGUUUGUUGUGUACACUAUCUGUGUGUGUGUGUGCGUGUUUCAUGUGCUUUUAAGAGUAGAAUCGAUUUUGAUUUUGAAGGCUUGCAGGCUUGGUGGCGGUGUGAGAAGAAAAGCGACACACCGAAGGGUGCGCGCCAUUGCGACGAUUUUUCCGAUCGGACGACACACCAAACCGAGCCUAAUCGAACCAACGGAAGAACAACGAGCGCCGCACUUCUUCGCCGUUGCAUCUUGUGCAUUUGGUGGAUUGGCAGGCCAGCCGCAAACCAGGAAAUAGUCGCAACACGGUCGCACACAGCACAAAUAUGUCAACCGGUAUCGUCUCGCUCGCCGUCGUUAGCGUCGUCGUGCUGCACGUGCUGCUGCUGCUGCUGCUGGUGUUGCCGGUUGAUGGUGCGGUACGUGGCCCCACCGAUCGGCACAGCUUUGCUUCCGCCGCCAGCAAGCCUCCGAUCGAUCGGCCGGGUAUUGGCCGGUCGGCGUACGGUGCCGGCCACGGUCAUCGGCGGCCCGGGAAGAGUUAUGCCUGUCUGCAGGAUUUGGCGCAGACCGUGGUUCCCCCCGGUCCGGAACUGGCCGGCGGGGACGAUGGCGAAGCGGCGAUGGCACUGACGGAGGACCGCACGGUGGUCGUCGGCGAGGACGACACGGACGCUGAUAUCGACGACGACAUUGAUAUAGGGAGCGGUACGAACGGGACCAUGGCCGGUGGUAUGCCCAUCGUCGUGCGAAGAUACUCGUUUCGCUUGCUGGAUACCAGUCCGCUUUCCAUCGCAGUAACGACGACAUGCUCGCGAAAGGAUGACUCCUCCAGUGUCGCUCCUAGAUGGUGGGUGCAGUACGAAGGACGCUAUAUUGCUGCACAGACCAACGGGAGCCAAUUCUUUCGCCCGUGCGUCCAGCGUGGACUUUACCAAGUGGUCGUGGACGCAACCACACUACCACCCUCCAGUGCCUGCACCUGCCGGCUCGGGUACAAUCGCAAGGGUGCGGAAGAGUUUCGCAGCUGGCCGUUCCGUAACCUGAGCGCACCGGCACGGAUAAAGGUGCAGCAGCAGCGCCGCCGGUACGUCGUGAUGAUCAAGUGGGAAAAGAGCAAGCUAGACAUACACGUGAUGAACUACUGUCUGGCGGUCAGUACCGGUCGGCGACAGCGGACCCUCUGCCAAGCGCUGGGUAACUCGAUCCAUCGGCCACCCUGCGGCACGAUCGCCGUCAACGACUAUCUCCACCGGCUGGCACCGUGGGAAGAGCGCAAGCUGGAUGGGAAGGUGGAGACUACGAUCGCUUGCACCGGCACCCGUACCCGCCAGCUCAUCCGUGGCAUGAAACCGAACGUGACGUACUACGUGGACGUGUUUGCCAUUCAUUCCCAGCACAACAAUCUGUCCUUUCUGCUCGGAUCGACCCAAGUGCAGCUGAACCGUACCCGACCGACCCAGCUGCUCGAGGGGAAGAUUGUGGUCGGCAAACUGUCCACGCUCGGCGGAAUAUCCCUGUUCAACUUUAAAGUCCCCAAACGAUCGACGAACAAUUUCUUCAAGCUGCAUCUAACACCCUGCGGCGGCACGGUCAGCCUGGAGGUGCUGAAGAAGAAGCGCCGCAUAAUGGAGCCGGUGCGCGAUGUGUACUAUCCGCGCACGAUCACGGUGCGCAACGUACGGCCGGGCGAGCGCUACCUAAUCCGGGUGAUUGAGGCGGACGAUACGUCACGGCUGAACCGCAUCCAGGUGGCCGUUAGCUCGCGGGAAGACUUUCUCGACCUGCCGCGGAUGCCGCACAACACCUCGAUCACGGAGCUGGUGCCGCUGCGCAAGUGUCACUCGAGUACGAUCGCGUGGUUCGGCUCGCCGGACAAGGAUGUAACUUACUGCGUGUAUGUGUUUAAGCUUCCAAAGACGCAAUACUACAUCAGCAAUGUGAAGAUGCCGACGUACUGCGAGCUGGAAAGCCGCGAUGUGUGCAAUCAUCCCCAGUUCCACAACAAACACUGUUUUAACGGCAACGAGUUCAAUCCACUCUCGCUCGACAUUCCCAACCUGCUGCCGGAGCACUACUACACCGUGUUUGUGACCGCCAUCUCGGCGCGGGGACGCAGCCUGCCCUACAAAUCGGUACGCAUCAAGACGGCCCCCUACUGUCUCGAUAGCAAUCAGAUACCAAGCGGUGGCGGACUGGGCGGCACUGGCAAGGGCAGCAUCAAAACGAUCGGUUUCCGCAAGGCUGCCGGUCAAAAGCGUCGCAAUACGGCGACCGGUACCAAAAAUGCGCUCGCCGAACGAGGUACAUCGAAGCGAUCGCGCAAGCAGCGGGGACAGACGACAGGCCGGAAUGUUUAGGCUCGAUCGAGUAGCUAUUCGAGAAGGCUUUUGUACAUAUAUAUACUUUCAAAAUAUCCACUUCACUCCAGUUUAACUUUGAGCGUACCAAAAAAAACUCUUACAAGAAGGCAUAGACAGCAGAGCGGGAACAUCCAAAACCGUGGGCUGCGAUUACGCGAUUUACAUUUGCAACCGAAAACCCUUUAUAAGGGUUUCUAGUACGUUAGGCUAGUAGCAAGUAGAGGAUAGACACGUAAUAAAAACAUGGAAGCAAAUGGCUACAGCACACGAUUUAAAGUGAACAGCAUUACAGUAGAAGCUUGCCAAUCCGCUUGCCAAUUACGUUUGUAAGAACUCUCUUAAGAAUUUGUGAAACUGCAACCCAAAACAUGAAACAGCAACACUUCUUGCUUGAAUGCGUGAGGCAAUUGUGUAGUUAUUAGCGUUAAGUGCGUUGAAAAGCGUUACAAGAGUAAGAAUUGCAUGGCCUGGCUGGCACUAAUAUUCCAUAACGAUUCCGUCACUCAAAAGCUCAUUACCGAUAUGUCAGGAAGGCAAAUAAUAAGACAGGCAAGGCAAAUCACAUCCACCAGCGUCGUCCGCGUUGUUUCAGCCAUUCUCAAAUGCGGUCCUAUUUGACUGCCAGUUGACAGGGCGUGGGCACCGACGAUAAUCCGACGCAAUCCGGCAAUCGCCAGUCUUCGAUCGCACUAAUUGAUUUUGCUGAUAACGGAGCUUCCACCCGGAUACCAGGUGUAAGGGACGAUUUGUUUGUGUUACAAUGAUUUGCAAUUGGUAAGCAAGAGGGCAAAACACAAAAGCGGUCACGCGGGCUGUGUUGGCGGUGCGGUACCGGUCGAUUCAAUUGCACUUUAAUAGAGCCACCAAGCGUCUCCAUGCAUCCAGCGGUGCACACGCUCGUUCAAUGGCCCCGGCGUGGGGCGAUUAGCAUCGGGCGUUUAUUAAUUUGCAGCAAUUGCGGGCAAAGGAGCACUUCCGCAGCAACUUUUCCCUGCGGUAAUAUCGGUAGAAUCUUCUGCUUCACCACACGUGCGAGUGAAGCUGUUAUGUACACAUGUGUUUUGUUUUGUGUUUUUUUAACUGCGGAAAUGCAUAGUGAACGCUGUUAGACAGUCUUCUUUAUCGAAUUCUUGUGCUUUUUUAUUAUUUCUAUGACAUGAUUGGUAUCAUCGACAUCGACCGUCGGAUAGUGAGCGCACAGUGAUGAAACAGCGAAAGGGGCAGAUGGACAUAAUAAAUUUAAUGACAACUUACAACUUAUA